GCACAUCGUUCGACGCGGUGGUCGUCGCAGACUGCCAAAACACGCGUCAAAUCAACGCGAUACUCUUUCAAAGUUGUUGUUUAAAACACUCCAGCUCUUGUUGCCUGUCCUCGCCCGUCCCAACCAACAUGGCAUCAAUCCUCCAGGCGGUGCCCGAGUGGGUGCACGCGCUGCCCCUCGGCGUCAAGAUUGCGGCCGUCGUCGUCGGGCUGCCCGUGCUCGUCAUCCUCCUCAACGUGCUCUCGCAGGUGGUGCUCCCCAAGGACCCGUCCCUCCCCCCCGUCGUCUUCCACUACAUCCCGUGGUUCGGCUCGGCGGCCUACUACGGCAUGGACCCGUACAAGUUCAUGUUCGAGUGCCGCGACAAGUACGGAGACGUGUUUACGUUCAUUUUGCUCGGCCGUCGCAUGACGGUCGCGCUGGGACCAAAGGGCAACAACCUGUCGCUUGGCGGCAAGAGCACGCAUGUGUCGGCCGAGGACGCGUACACGCACCUCACGACCCCCGUGUUUGGCAAGGGUGUCGUGUACGACUGCCCCAACGACAUGCUCAUGCAGCAGAAGAAGUUUAUCAAGCACGGCCUCACCACCGAAGCCCUCCAGUCGUACGCCGAGCUCAUGGUCAAGGAGGCCCGUGCCUUCUUUGCCAACAACCUCAAGGUGACCAAGGCCAGCGGCCCCGUCAAGAUUGACGCGCUCCACACCAUGGCCGACCUCGUCGUGUUGUCUGCCUCGCGCACGCUGCAGGGCAAGGAGGUGCGCGACUCGAUGUCGACGCACUUUGCAAAGCUCCUCGAGGACCUCGACAAGGGCUUCACCCCGCUCAACUUCAUGUUCCCCAACCUGCCCCUGCCGUCGUACCGCCGCCGCGACCGCGCCCAGAAGGAAAUGUCCGACUUUUACCUUUCCAUCAUGGAGAAGCGCCGCACCGGCGAGCACGACCACGAGCACGACAUGAUCUCGGCCCUCCAGGGAAGCGUGUACCGCAACGGCGUCCCCCUCACCGACCGCGACAUUGCCCACAUGAUGAUUGCCAUCCUCAUGGCCGGCCAGCACACGUCGUCGGCGACUUCCUCGUGGUUCCUCCUCCACCUCGCCCACAACCCCGAGCUCGCCGACAAGCUCUACGCCGAGCAGGUCGAGCACUUUGGCAAUCCCGACGGCACGUUCCGCGACAUGACGUUUGAGGAGACCAAGACGCUGCCCCUCAUGGACGCGUGCAUCCGCGAGACGCUCCGCCUCCACGCCCCCAUCCACUCGAUCUACCGCCUCGUCAAGCAGGACAUUGCCGUGCCCCCCUCGCUCUCGGCCCCGUCCGAGUCCCAGACGUACGUCAUCCCCAAGGGCCACUUUAUCGUCGCCGCCCCCGGUGUCUCGCAGAUGGACCCCAAGAUCUGGGACAACUCGACCGAGUGGAACCCCGCCCGCUGGUUCGAGGACGGCGGUGUCGCCAAGACCGCCAACGAGCAGUACCAGGCCGGCGAGAAGGUCGACUAUGGCUUUGGCGUCGUGUCAAAGGGUACAGAGUCUCCCUACCAGCCCUUUGGCGCCGGUCGCCACCGCUGCGUCGGAGAGCAGUUUGCCUACCUUCAGCUCACCGUCCUCGUCGCCGAGAUUAUCCGCACCUACAAGCUCAAGCUUGUCGCCGACGAGUUCCCCAAGACAAACUACCAGACAAUGAUUGUCCUCCCCCUCGACCCCUACAUUACCAUCGAGCGCCGCUAAGGCAUGCCGCACUCACUCACUAGACCAUACCCAUCAUUUUCUAGUCUUCAUCUCAUGCAGGCGUCGUGGUUUGACA